AUGCGCAGGUUUGUACCCCGGACACUGGUUCGACCAUUCAAACCGAAAAAGCGACUGCGUCGCCGUACCAUUAAGACAUUGGCACGAAAACGACGCGCUUGGAACCAAUACCAAUGGUCCCAGAGCUCUCAAGAUUACGUGGCCUACGUUGAAUUACGCAACCUCUGUAAUCUGCAAAAAAAGCAAGACACUAGUGAACACCAAAGGCAGUUCUUAAACCGGGUCAUUGCGGACCCGAGGAGUUUCUAUAGGGACAUCUCCAUGGUGACCCAAGCGAAACCCGGGAUCACAGACAUCCGCCGUUCGGAUGGAUCCCUUACGGACGGAAACCAGGCUGCAGCUAACACUCUGGCUGAGUACUACUCCACGGUAUUCAGCCCAGAACUUAUUAGCGGGGUAGACGAAAACGGUCUUCCGGCAGUAGACUCCAUACCAAGCAGGCUCAUGGAACCCGUGUCUUUCUCUCCUGCGCAGGUGGGACUAAAACUCUCAAGCCUCGUAGCUAAGAAGUCACCGGGACUAGACGAGAUACCACCCAUUCUACUACAACAGUGCUCAGAGCAGUUAGCACUGCCCCUAAGCAAACUGUUCAACCACUCUAUGGAGGUUGGCGUAGUCCCGGACGAGUGGAAGACAUGCGUAGUCUCUCCCAUAUUCAAGUCGGGGGAUCGCACCCUACCGAACAACUACCGUCCGGUAGCCCUACUCUCGGUGGUCUCCAAGGUAAUGGAGGGACUCAUUGACGACAAAAUCAAUGAGUUUGUCGAGCAGGAUCGUUGCUUGCACGAUGCCCAGCACGGGUUUCGUGGGAAGCGUUCCUGCCAAACCAACCUUAUUGAGACGAUGGAAUGGUAUACAUGUGCUGCGGACAGAGGGGUACAACUGGACGUAGCCAUGCUAGACUUUUCCAAGGCCUUCGAUAGAGUUCGUCACUCCUUGCUGAUAGAGAAGCUGACCAACCUGGGAUUCCCCGAAACCAUGAUAGCUUGGAUCUCAAACUAUCUGUGCGACCGAACCUUUCGGGUUCGAGUGAACGGCGUCCUCUCGAAUAGGUUUGGAGCACCUAGUGGUGUACCUAAGGGCUCUAUCUUAGGCCCCAGACUGUUCACAUUAUUUGUGAGCAAUUUACCCGUCGGCAUACAAUCAGACCUGCUGAUGUAUGCAGACGACAUUAAGAUCUGCCGGGAGAUCCAAAGCCCGUUAGAUAAGCGCACCCUGCAAGAGGACCUAGACAGGCUUUUUACCUGGUCGGUCGCCAACGGGCUGCCAUUCAACAUUGACAAAUAA